GGAAGCCAUCAAGUUGGUUCUUUACGACUUAUCAAUCAAAGUCGGUUACACUAACCAUUUUUCUCACUCUAUCUCCAAUAGAGAUGAUCUUCUCCCUCCCACGCAUGUCAGUACGACCAUUAGGGUAUACAGUUUAAACACUAGAAAAAUAUUGUCGUAAUUAUUUUGAAAUAGUGAGUACAAUAACAAUUAGCCGGUCGUACAUUAUCGUCGAUAAGAGGCAGGAGUCAACUUGUGGGUUGAGUCGCGCACAGGCGUGAUUCACAGGGAUUUGAUGUGUUCCUAUUUGAUGUCCAUAUGCAUUUAGCAUUCAAUUGGCGUUAGACGAGUGCUGAGUUUUAAGUCUGGUGUGUCUAAUGAAGUGGAUGGAUAUCUUAACAUUAACAUUUUGUGUGCUAACAACUAUGCAUUCAGACUAUUCUGUAUAGUAAGUUAUGUGAUGUUAAUUUAUUGAACAUUUACAUAUAAUACCUGAUAGUUGAAAGCAAAUUUUCGUAUCUUAAGUGUUUGUGGCAUUCAAUUUGUGAAUUUGAAGUGUUGUGAUUGAGGAGCAUAAUGAAGAACGAAAGGUUUUCGCAAAUUAUAUACAAGGACUCUUGCCGACACGUAGGGGGCUCAAAAUUCUAUGAGGUGAUGGGGGAAUCCACUUCGGCGGAGACAUGCACUCCGUCGCCCACUGAGAAGCAGGACCAUAUGAAGCCAACUGAAAGCGAUGAUGAAGUUUCAGACGUGGACCAGGAGUGCACCGUGUUCUGCGGCGUGAGUUACCUGGGCGCGCAGAACAUCGCCGACCCCAAGUCCGAGGGGGACAUCCAGCGCAUCAUGAAGGAACUCAGCUCCAUGCCGGAGAACCGGGACGGUAUCGCCGUCUCCAUAUCGAUACCAGUGUGCUCGCAGGGACUCGUUGUGCUGUACCAGGCGGCCGGCCCCGCCGUCAUGGCGCGCUACUCCGUCGGCCGCAUCUCGUUCUACGCGCGCGGCUCGGCCGGCUCGCCCGUGGCCUCGUGCUUCGCCUUCACGUGGUCUCACGGCGACACGCGCGAGUCGGCCGUCUACCGCUGCCACGUGUUCCGCUGCCACAUCGGAGAAGCGGUCGCGCAGGUCUCCAGUUGUUUCGCAAAGGCUUUCGAAAGGAUCCCACGUUCGAUGGCGUCGUCGGUGGUGGGCGAGUCGAGUGCGGCGCCGUCCAUGACGGGGUCGCUGACGGAGGCCGGGCCCGGGCCCCUGCCGCCCGCCAUGCAGCUGCUGCACGUGCUGGAGUGUACGGUCCACAUCAAGGAGACGGACGCCAAGGGAACAUACAGCCACGUCCCUAAGGAGCGGCUGGGGUUCAAGCUGCGCGGCGGCAUUGACAAGCAGGUCACCAUCAACGUCAAACAGGUCACCAGUAACCUGGAUACUGAAGUGGACGAUAUGACGACUUCAUACACUGGUGGUUUAUAUAUCGAAAGAUGUUUUGGAAUACUGCUAGCACCGGGCAGAAGUGUAAAGCACUCCGACAUGCAGUUGCUUGAAAUGGUGAGUGGUUCGUCGGGCGGUACAGGGUGCUCCGUGUGCGCGCUGUGGAACGCCGGCGAGGCGCCGCUAGCCGCCUUCAACGUGGCGAGCGGGGACGGGGCGCCGCUACACAUGUCACUGGCGCUCGACCUGGUCAUACGGGGCAUCCGGGACCCGCUGCGGUUGGUAAUAGAAACUCCAGUGAAAGUAUUUCCGCCCACGGAGAGAUUCUGGUACUACUCGAAGAGACCGCUAGUUCAACAGUUUUAUAUUAAUUUGAAAGAGUCAGUAGACUCCCUCGGCCAGCUGCAGUACGAGGUGGCCAGUUCGGAGACGUCGGGUGAACUAGACCGGUCGCGACUGAACCUGCCGCUGUCUCUGUCCAGCCUGCUGCCCUCCCCGCUGUCCACGGCCCCCGCGCCGCCGUCGCCCUCCGAACCAGACUCGGACGGCGAUGAACCUUUGCUGAGCGGCACUGGCGAGGUAUCCAAAGACUGCGGCGUCGAUGUACUCGAGAAUUGGGCGCAAGUACUCAGGAGCUGGGCGGGCGGCCGGCCCCGCGCGCUGGGCCCGCUGGUGCGCGGCGGCGUGCCCGAGGCGCUGCGCGGCGAGGUGUGGCUGCGGCUGGCCGGCGUGCGGCCGGACGACCGGCUCAUGGACACCUACCGCACGCUCAUCACCAAGGAGUGCCCGUUCGAGAGCGUCAUAACGCGCGACAUAGCGCGCACGUUCCCGGCGCACGACUUCUUCCGCGAGGCGGGCGGGCUCGGGCAGGACUCGCUGCUGCGGCUGGCGCGGGCCUACGCCGUGUACGACCUGGAGGUGGGCUACUGCCAGGGACUCAGCUUCCUGGCCGCCACGCUGCUGCUGCACAUGCCGGAAGAGCAAGCGUUCUGUCUGCUUGUGAAGCUGAUGUACGAAUACGGUCUGAGGGAACUGUACAAGGAUGGCUUCGAAGCACUGUAUAUGCGACUACAUCAGCUCGACCGGCUGAUGGAGGAGCAGCUGAGCGAGCUCCGCGGCCACUUCCAGGAGCUGGGCGUGGAGCCGCACAUGUUCGCCUCGCAGUGGUUCCUCACCGUGUUCACGGCGCGCUUCCCUCUGCCGCUGGUGUACCACAUCCUCGACGUGUUCCUGCUGCAAGGCAUGGACACGCUGUUCCAGGUGUCACUGUCGCUUCUCACCCGCUACAGGAAGGAUCUCUUGCAGCACGAUUUCGAAGGGGUGCUCAAGUAUUUCAGGGUAACUUUACCAAAGAAGUGUCGCGCCGAGGAAGCUUCUCGCCAGAUCAUCAAGUUGGCGUGCAGCGUGAAAGUGAAGCGGCUACAUAAAUACCAACUGGAAUACGAAAAGUUUAUCAAAGAAUCCGCAGAGAAGGAGAAGAUCAACGUGGAGCUGGAGCGACUCAAAGUGAUCAACACACAACUACAACAGGAGAAAGAGACGCUGGAGAAGCAACUCGCUCAGUGUCGCAGCAAGAUGGAAGAGUCGCAGAAGGAGUCUCAGCACCACGCGGCCGUGUCGCGCGAUUACCGCGACAUCUGCGCGAGGCUCGACAAACAAUUACAUACACUUCAGGAUUGCACAAAAAAUUGUGUCCAUUGCAGCCUCAAGUUAACGCAGAAGGAUAAUAAAACAGAGAGUGAAGAGAAGAGCGAGGAGAAGCAAGAGAGCUGGAGCGAGGCGGAGGCGCGCCUGAAGCAGCGCGUGCGGGACCUGGAGCUGGAGCUGGCACAGGUGAAGCUGGCUCACGUGCAGGCGCAGUGCAGCAACCAGGAGUUAAGUCAUCAGUUGAACGCAGCGCUGAACGAGAUUCAGGCAGCCAUGAAUCAGAAACAGACAGUGACGCCGUGGCUAGUUCGUACGCUCGGUUCGUUAAUGGAGGCAGCGCAGAACCGACCCUCAUUCCAGACGUACUUACCAAGUAUGAGCCCGGAGCCGUCGCUCCACAAGCCAGGCUCGCUGGUGCACCCAGAGCGCCGCUCGGACCCCUACAGCCCUGACGUGGUCCGCCGGAGGGACGUCACCUCCAAGCGACACUCGAUGCUCGUGGACAGCGCCAUGACCAAGGAGGCCAAGGAACUCAACAGGCGGAGCCACGACGUCCCCAUCGUCAAGAAUCUCUCGCUGGGUUGACACCAGAUCCGACAACAAUCAAUGAAGGUGUGAUGACUUGCAACUGUUUGUCUUAGUUAUUGUGUUGAUAAGGAGAGUGUCACCAUCUUUUCACUACUAAUUUUCUUACGAUAAUGUUUUUACUAUGGCAAUAAGGGACGAGCAGGACGUUCAGCUGAUGGUAAUUGAAACGCCCUGCCCAUUACAACGUAGCGCCGCUCAGGAUUCUUGAAAAAUGGUAGUAAAUUUGAUUUUAUCUUUGAGUAAUUAUUGUUUUUAUGUAAUAGAUAAUCGGUUUCGAAGGACCAAUCGUGAACUUUUAUUCGUUUACUUGGAUUUCCAAAUAGGGAUAAUUUUAUCGCCUUGGCAAUGGUUUUGCCAACUGUUUUGUUUGUUACACCUUCAUUGAAUCAUUAUCCGAGUUGUAGAUUUUUCUGAAGAGUUUCCCAAAAUGUUAUUAACCAAAUAUUCUCAGCAAUUAACCGAAAACCCCACAGAAAAAGUGAAAGAUAUUUUCUUUUCCGUCCGAUAUGAUCUGCUGUUAAAUGGGCUAUUAAUAAACGAUUUAGAAUAUUAAAUUUUAUGAUAGACAAUCUUUGUAAAAAACGCAUUAAACCGUUUUUUUAAAAAGCAUUAUGUUUUAAACGGCUGAUUCCUAGCUUGCUUUUUAUUUCAAGAGAACUUUUACAGAGCAAUUAUCUAAAAUAAAAACCUUCAUGACAUAUUAUAUCCCUAAUAAUGUUGUAAAGGUACAUUAUUUUUUUAAAGAAGUUCAAUUUUUUUAAAUCAAUGUAUUUAAGUAAUAACUUAUAUAUCCUCCACUUAAUUGGCACAAAAGUGGCCCAAAACAUUUAAAAUCGCGACGAUCACAUAAGGCCAUCUCUAAGUGCAAGAAUAGCAUAGGAUUACUAUAUAAUUAUUUAAGAUAGAUAGACGCAUUCCACGAGAAUAAGUUGUUACAAACCUAGUAAAUACGCCUUAUUGCAGUGCAGGUUUGCAAGCUGUAUUUAAAGUGAUGAAUCAAGUAUGAAUGUGGCAUUUCAUAUCAUCAAUAAGUAUUCAUUCAAUAAGAAUCUCGGUUACCGAGAACCAAUGUUAUAAUCAUUCAACCUUAACUAUGCUUUUAAAGUGAUACAAUCAUUUAUAUAUUUCUUUGUUAAAAAAUAAAGGCAGUAUAUUAUCCAUAUAAUUGUCGUACGAAUUAGCAUGAAAAAAGCGCGCAAUGAAAAAUUCAUCAUCAAUUAAAUUUUGCGCGCGCGGCACCGCUCACACACAGCACCGUUCGAUUCCAUUGGCCAUUGGCUAAGGCUGAGAUCUAUAGAGCGUACUUAUCCUUUGCUCAACUAACAUAUAAAUUAGCUGAGUAUAAGCUUCGCAUAAUCUAUGAUUUCGUUUUUAUAGUCAUUUGACAGCUGAAAUUAAGCUGAACUUAAGCUAAGACAGCGCAUUGCAUAAGUCUAUUUUGCGUUUUUACACACCCAGCUAAGUGUUAAGCGUAAGUAAAUUCUGAGCAAAAUCUAAGUACGCUCUUUGCCGUGGAGGGCGUGUCUUGUUACAUGCGCAAGAUAGUAGGAAAAAGAGGUCGUAUUAUUGCAUAUCUUAAUUAUUUUCUCUGAGUACCUUUGUCUGCGCGUUUAUACUUAGAUUUGAUUUGUACAAAAUAAUAAACAAUAAUAUUGGAUUGCCCUGCUCUUUUGAGUUUGUUUUACAUCAAUGUUCCUCAUCGACCUCCUCGUAAGGCAACUGCAUUGUUUAAAAUCCCACUUCACAGACAUUAACCAUAAUUCUGAAAAUUAAUUAACGCGUGGGCUUUGUUAUUUUUAAAUAAUAAUUAAAUUUUUUUUAUUUAAAUAUAUUUAUUUGUGUAGAAGUUAUAUAAUUUUUUAUUACUACAUAGCCAACAAACAGCGUCACAAAUUUAUUUUUCAUGCAUGUCUGAUUGCAUGUAAGUGGCAACGCAAUUAUCAUUUUUUUAAUUAUGUUGUAUUUGUAGUGGAAUAUAUGUUGUAGUUUCUGAAACUCUCUCAUGUUCUUUAAUUAAAUAAAUAAAAAAAUAGCUCAAAAUAGCGAUACCUUCACUUUUUCCUUGCGGUUGGGUGGCUCUUCAAUAACGUGCACAUAAAACUAGUCAUACCUACUACCCUUACUCUUGUUAAUCACCACUUGCCAUAAUCAUUUUAUAAUGUGGACUGCUCUCAAUGAUAUUAAUGUUAUUUUAUCUAGUUAGUUGUGCAAUUAUAUAUUUAGAUUUCGUUGUAUGUUAUUUAUUUAAACUUAGCUUAUGUUGAAGUAGAUUUUAGUUAACAACCACACAGAUAAAUUGGGAGUCAAUAGGUGAAAUCAUAUUUUUUAACUAUAGAAUUACUGAAAAAUAAAACUAAAAUGUUUAUAAUACUAUGCCAUAUCCUUUUCAAUUUUUUCAGAAGAUAGUACUAGCACUAGUGGCAUAUAUAAUUUUAUAAGAUUUAUUAUUAGUAUUCCCAAUUGUAUUAUUGUUGUGAAAAAAGAUAAGCAGACAGGUGAAUAAGAAAUGUCAACAAGUGAUUUGAAUAAUAUGUACAUAUAACGCGUGAGUUGACUGCAGCGACUAGGAAUGCGAUAGUGGUCGCAACUUUAGUAUUAACGCGAUAACAUGGUGCGACGAAUACGGCACAGCACUACACUACAGACGCGCGAGGAGAGACGUGCGGACAGCGGGGGGAGAUGACUGCAUUCAACUCGAGCGAUAACUAUAAUUACUGUAUAUAAGGUCAGCGGCCAUUUGAUAAAGCCAAAAGAAAAUAACUGUCGCCGCUACUCGAGAGAGUUAUUUGUACUAUCAUUUUUAGAGUUCAUCACACGAAAGGAGUUUGACAGACUGCAUUCAUGCGAAGAAAUGUUGCAGCCUCGUGCUUUUAUAAUCUUUGGUCUGUACAGAUUAUGACUCGUAUAAAAUUUGAAUUUUAUAACAUUUAUAUUAAUUAAUUUACACAUUUUAAAAUAUUACGUAAUAAUUUGUUAUUUAAAGUGAUAUCCCUCACUUAGUUUUACAUAUUCGAUCUGUAACCAACAUUUGUUAACGAUGAGAUGAGAGUUGAACAAGACAUACUAAGAUUUACGAUCCAUGCGGGACUCGAACGGGCUCGGUUAGAGCGCUCAGACGGAACUCGAGACCCGCAUCGUUCAUAAAUUGUGUAACCACAAUUUUAAUUUGUUAACACAAUUCGUGCGACGGACUCUAUGAACGUGGCUGAAAAAGGAGCCUUCUUGAAAAAUGUCACUUGUGCAGGUACUUAGACACCAUAUUGAAAUGUCAGUUGUGACAGGUAAUGUUUGAAACAUUACCGAUGUCAGAAGCGACGUUUUAGUUCAGUUUGAUGUACGAGUCUGACAAAUACUUAUAAUUAAUAAUAUAUUCAUAUUGUUUUGUUUAUUAUAUUUUUUCGUGAGUGUUAAUAGUUAAUUGAUAAGGAUUACUUCAUAGUUAAACGAAUAUAUUGUUAUAGACGCAUUUAUAUUGUCAUCAUCAUUCAUCAUUUAAGCGGGAAGACGUUCACUGCUGGACAAAGGCCUCCCCGAAAUAUCGCCAUGAUGAUUGGUCCUGCGCUGCCCUACCAUCCAACCUACUCCGGCGAUCUUGACCAGAUCGUCGGUCCAUUUUUUAUUCCUUCCGGUACGUGGUCGCCAUUCAAGGACCUUACUGCACUAUAUUGUAUUUAAUUUCAAUUUGUAAAUCGAUGAUUGGUGGCCUCGGAUCUAGUAUGUUAAACUAGUCUAUCUUAGUAAGGUUACACAAGAGCUUAUCGUUGUAAAUAGUUGCGAAUUGUGUAAAGUAGUUCUAAAAGAAGUAUAUUAAAGCAGGUAUGGGCUUUAGAAAUCCCGUGCGACGUUUUUUAGCAAAUAUCAAACCUAAUUGGCACCUGGUGUUGUGAAACGAAAAAAAAUAUGUUUACUAUUAUUAUAAUCACAACAUUAAAUAUAUUAUAUAAGUAUAUAUGUUAAGGCCCACAAGACGAGAUUAAGAAUGUAAAAAAAGUCUCAAGGGAUCAAAACAUUUUCAUCGAUAUCUUUGAAUAUUGAAAAGAAUUGAUAUAUUUAGAAGAUUGUCUAGAACUGCCAGGCUAUGAUUCCAUAAUUAAAAUCAACAGCUACUCGUAAUAACAGCAAAAAUCAACAAAACGAACAGUAAUGGAUUAUUAAUAAAAACAAACUAAGUAAAAACAGAAACGAUAAAAUACGUAUUACUUCAAACGCAAUUCAAACAGGAAUGCACUUGUUCACAAAAUGGCGGACCGAAUGUUGACAACUGCGGUACUGACUGCUUCCCUGUACCACGAAACACGCAACUACAGCUGUCGUCGACUACCUGAAACCAUUACUGCGUACGAGUGAUAGGUACAAAGAUAAUGGCAAUGUAAAAUAAGACAGUAACGGUCCGUUUGUUUACAUUAUUUAUCUCGUCUCGCUGGCCUUAGUAUAGUAAUAUAUUAUGUUAGUCAUUUGAGAUGCUUUUUAGUCAGUAAGUUUAGCCUUAGCAUCUCUAUAUAGCCCUAUACCUGUAACACUAUAAGUAUUACUCUAGCUUAGUUCUCUUUACAACAUAUAUCAUUCGUUCGACAAUAAUUUUUUAUUAUGUUACUUUGAUGCGAGUCUGUUGGUCAUCUCUAGUGUAUGUGUGCCUUCCGAUUCUAUUAGAUAUCAUAUCAUUAUCGAUAUUAUUGCGAACCUUGUGAUUAUUCGAUACUUAAGAUAUUAUGAUUAGUUAGACGAUAGCUGAUAGCAAUUUUGAUUGAUCUCUUAGCUAUAUCCACAAAAAUAAUUUUAUUUAUUCAUAUAUUUUAUUUGUAUCAAUAUUUUAUCAGUUUGUUUUGCAUGACGAUAUUUUAGCAUUUUUUUUAUCUCAAGAUUAUGUUCGUGACUUUAUGAUUUAUUUUCUAGCGUUAAAAAAUCGCUUAUGUGUUGUACUAUUGUCAAACACUAUCUGUCCGCGGUGGCAUGUGCGCCUAAUUAUAGUGUACAAUCAGUAAUGCAACACACGCGUGUGCCCCUAACACCGCGGGUAUCGACAAUUUGCCAUUAUUUUAGAAUUAUGCAUAUAUUAUGACAAAAAUGGCGGCCGAUGUCGGCUCUCGCGCACUGCCAGUGAGUCGUUCCGACCACCGUUAGUUAUAGAUGUAUAUUAGGUGGUCUUGCACGAUGUAAAUAUGUGUGUUCAGCGUACAAUAUAUAAAUCUUAUGAAUACUUUACCCAUAAGUCGGCGUAACGUACUAAUUAUAAGAUGGAGCCUUUAGUGAUGCAACUAAUCAGAUUUUAUUUUAAUAGCUAUUGUUAUUAGUAACAGACGUAUUAGAAAAAACCUUAGUGAGAGAAAGGGGAAAGCAACUAGCGAAUGAAUGACUAAUACAGUCCUAAAGUUAUUUAAAUGUGAAAGAGAUAACGACGAAUUGACUAAAUCAUUAUUGAUUUAGUGUAACUUAAGAUCUAUCAUUUGCGAAUCAACGGUAGUAAAUAUUAAUAAACACACGUAUUAUAGUAAACUCUACCUUCAUAAACAAUUUAUAUUGAAUUGUCACCUAUUUAUUUGCAUGUUCUGUGCUGUGACAAACUCACCUAUUACAAUUAUAUAGCGCCUUACAAGUAUCGCAUGAUCCAACUAAAAUGCAACAAAAUGCUAAUAAGGGCGCGAUUUUCCGCUUGGGUAUGCCACUUCUGAUGAUCCAGUUCGAUCCAUUGCAACAUAGCGCUUUCCGACCGCUCUGGUUUUAUAUUGUGAUAUGUCAUCGGGUUCUUUUAAAGCUAUGUACAAGUUGUAACCCACUUCUAAUAUAAAUUCAAUCAAUUACUUCGCAAGAAUGCAAAAAUGCCUAAUGCACAGUAUUCUGAAGUAAGUGUCAACAAGUCGUUAUCUCUAAGCAUCUGAUAUCAAUGCCAUCACAAUUAAAGAUCCGAAUGUUCAUGUUCUAAAAUAUUUUAAAUUUAAACGUUUUUCCGAAAUAUAAUAUAAAAUCAGAAGCGGGAUUAGUUGUUCGAUGAAGCGCUAGCGUGUGUGACUAAUAUUUAACUGCAAUUGUGUUGUUACAUUUAGAGGUAUUGCUGACGAUUGUUAUAGUCCAUUAAUAAUUUAUCGAAAUAAACAUUUUAUAAUAA